AUGCUGCGGUCCCUGGUACUGGCGCUGGCUGUCGCCGCAUGCGGCCGCUCCGCGCCGGGCGCGUCCCCUCUGCUGGGGCGCGCCGGGCCGGUGUACUCCGGGUACCGCCUGGCGGACGGCGGGUACCUGUACCCGGGGUACCGGAACGGCCACGAGCCCGGUACCCAGCAGAGUCCCGGUACCGGGCAGUACCUCGGGACGGAGCAGUACCCCGGUACCGACCACACCGAGUACCGGAGCGCCGGGUACCGUCGGGGGCUCGCACCAGACCAGCACACGCCAGACAUGUACGGCCACUCGGAUGGAUACGGACCGGAGGACGGGUACGGCGCCGAGCCGUACGGCACGGAGGAGGGGUACGACGCCGAGCCGUACGGCACGGAGGACGGGUACGACGCCGAGCCGUACGGCACGGAGGACGGGUACGGCACGGAGGAGGGGCACGGCCACUCGGAGCAGUACGCCGCGGCCGCCCCGGGGGCGGCGCUGGGAGGCCUGGGCCCGUGCUCCUGCGCCCAGUUCGACGCGCUGGGUCUGGCCGCCGUGCUGACCUCUCUGGCGGCGCUGGCCGCCUUCCUGCUGGUGCAGCCGGCAGUGGCGGCCGGCCUGAGCGACUCGAGCACCGCCCGCCAGUUCAAAGGCGGCUCGCCGCUGGACCGGUGGCUGGUGGACGGCGCCAGCUCGGCGGCGUGUGGCGCUCUGGAGGCGCUGCCGGGCGCCGCGGCCGGACGGGGGCGCAGUCUGGUGUCCCCGGCCGGUGUACCGGGGGCAGCCGGCCUGAGCGGCGCCACCUGCCCCGCCGCCACCUGCUUCACCGGCACCGCCGGCAUCCUGACCGGUCUGGCGACGCUGGCUGGCCUGGGCGUGACGUCACUGACCCAGACAGCUGUGUUAGUGGCUGCCGCUGCCAGCAGCAGCAGCAGCAGCAGCAGCAGCAGUGGCAGCGGCAGCGGCAGCAGCGGCAGCAGCAGCAGCAGCAGCAGCAGCAGCAGCAGCGGCAGCAGCAGCAGCAGCAGCAGCAGCAGCAGCAGUAGCAGCAGCAGCAGCGGCGGGAGCAGCUCCUCCACAACCACUAGCACCACGAGUGGAACGAGCGGCAGCGGCAGCAGCAAUACAACGACGGGAGGAGGGUCCACUGGCGGAGGUUCAACCACAACAACGACCACGACCACCACGGGAGGAACGACCACGGGAGGAACGACCACGGGAGGAACGAUCACGGGAGGAACAACGACGGGAGGAACGACCACGGGAGGAACAACCACGGGAGGAACGACCACGGGAGGAACGACCACGGGAGGAACGACCACGGGAGAAACGACCACGGGAGAAACGACCACGGGAGGAACAACCACGGGAGGAACGACCACGGGAGGAACAACGACGGGAGGAACGACUACGGGAGGAACGACCACGGGAGGAACGACCACUGCAGAAGGGACGACCACGGGAGGGACCACGACAGACACUAUAAGAGCCAGCAGUCGCGCGGCGGGCGCGGGCGGCUGGAGGCCGGCGCCGCAGCUGACCGCCUCCGGCAGGCCGUGCGUCGCGCGGCGUCUCUGCGAGCUGGCGGCAGCCGCGCACUCGGCGAGCCCGCAGUACGGCGCACUGGUCUCUCUGGCCAGCGGACCUGUCUCGUGGCUGCUGUUGCGGGACGACGUUGGCCGGGCGGCGGCUGACCUCUGCCGGGCCACGGCGGCGGCGGCCCGCGGCGGCCACUGCCGGCGGCUACAACCCGACUGCGGCCACUAGGGGCGGGCCGACACCGACUGCGGCGGACUGGACCCCGACUGCGGCGACUGGACCCCGACUGCGGCGACUGGACCCCGACUGCGGCGGACUGGACCCCGACUGCGGCGGACUGGACCCCGACUGCGGCGGACUGGACCCCGACUGCGGCGGACUGGACCCCGACUGCGGCGGACUGGACCCCGACUGCGGCGGACUGGACCCCGACUGCGGCGGCUGGACCCCGACUGCGGCGGCUGGACCCCGACUGCGGCCGCUAGGGGCGCGCCGACACCGACUGCGGCGGCUGCGGGCGGCUUGUAAGCCGACUGCGGGCGGCUCUACUAACAGCCAAACAAGGCUAUGGACCUUGUGUCACUGCAUAUGCAGCAAUUAGUCACCCAUUGGAGACCUCGUGCAUUGUGCAGCGUCACAUUUGGUGUCAUCACCGUUCAUGUGUUACUUUAAUUCUUAAUUAUUAUUAUUUCUUGUUUUGUACAGUUAUUAGCCGUUUUCACGACGGGCUAUCCGGCGAAUGCACCUAAUUUGACCAAAUCUGCACCUAAUCUCUUUUACAGCAAAUAUCUUCAUUUUAUUAAUUUAUUUCAGUGUUUUAAGUGAAAACGGCUAGUGUUCACGUUAGGGUUUCUGAAGAUCGUUAUGUUAUAACUUAUGUGCAUUUAUUGCUAUUGCAUGUUGCAGCUUGAUUUGUUCCCUUGUUAUUGCGACAUCAAAAUGUUUCAAUACAGUCAUCAGAUAUUA